AUGUCCAAGACAUUCAUCGGCAACGUCAAGAGCGUUUUAAGCGGCGACACUCUUGUCUUGACCAGCCUCAACAACCCCGCCGCCGAACGAAACAUUUCUCUCGCCUACGUCACCGCUCCUCAUCUGCGCCGCGACGGCGACGAGCCCUUUGCCUUUCAAUCUCGCGAGUACCUCCGCAACCUCGCUGUCGGCAAGGCUGUCCAGGCUACAAUCCACUACACAAUCCCCAACUCUGGACGAGAAUUCGGCACUGUCAAGCUCAAGGAUGGCACUGAACUUCCCGACGAGCUGGUCAAGGCUGGUUGGCUGAAGGUCCGCGAGGAUGCCGGCAAGAAGGAGGACUCUGAGGAGAUUCUUGAUAGGCUGGAGACUCUUCGCGCUCUCGAAUCUGGUGCCAAGGCUGAAUCCAAGGGUCUGUGGGCUGGCACUGGUGGCAUAAUCGAGGUCCAGAAUGACCUUGGCAGCCCAGACUUCAUCAAGGAGUGGAAGGGCAAGACCGUCGAUGGCAUUGUCGAACGUGUUCUCAGCGGUGACAGGCUCCUUGUGCGUCUGCUGCUAUCCGAGAAGAAGCACGUUCAACCCAUGACCCUUCUUGCUGGUGUUCGCACCCCUGCCACCGAAAGGGUGCAAACCUCCACUGGAGCCACACAGCCUGCUGAAGAGCAUGGUAACGAGGCCAAAGCCUUCGUUGAGUCCAGACUUCUGCAGCGUCUUGUCAAGGUUGAAAUCGUCGGCGCUAGUCCUCAGGGACAGCUGGUUGCCAACGUUAUACACCCCCGCGGCAACAUUGCUGUGUUCCUCCUUCAGGAGGGUCUUGCCCGCUGCAACGACUUCCACUCCACCAUGCUUGGCGAAAAGAUGGCUCCGCUCCGUGCUGCUGAGAGAGAAGCACAGGGCAAGAAGCUUCGUCUACACAAGCACCACAUCGCCAAGGCUGAUGGCGGAAACCAGGACAUGGCCGUCUUGAAGGUUAUCGCCGCCGACACCCUCAUCGUGCGCACUAAGAACGGCGGCGAGAAGCGCAUUAGCUUCAGCAGUGUUCGUGGUCCUCGCACGAACGAGGCCACAGAGGCCCCAUUCCGCGACGAAGCCAAAGAAUUCCUGAGACAGAAAGUCAUUGGCAAGCAGGUCAAGAUUAGCGUUGACGGCAAUAAGCCUGCUACCGAGGGCUUUGAAGCCAAGGAGGUUGCCACCAUUACCGACAAGGGCAAGAACAUUGGUCUAGAGCUCGUUGAAGCUGGCUGGGCCAGUGUUAUCCGCCAUCGCAAGGACGAUACCGACCGCUCGCCCAUCUAUGAUGAGCUUUUGGCUGCCCAGGAAAAGGCCAAAGAGGAGAAGAAGGGCAUGUGGUCUGGCAAGCCCCAGAAGGCCAAGCAGUACCUUGAUCUUUCCGACAACCUCCAGAAGGCCAAGAUCAUGCUCGCCACUCUUCAGCGCCAGAAGAAGGUUCCUGCCAUUGUUGACUUCUGCAAGGCUGGCUCCCGCUUUACUAUCCUGAUUCCCCGAGAAAAUGUCAAGCUCACACUUGUUCUCGGUGGUAUCCGUGGCCCUCGUGCCCCUCGCGCUGAUGGUGAGGGUGGCGAGCCUUUUGGAAAGGAGGCUCUUGACCUUGCCAACCGCCGUUGCAACCAGCGCGACUGCGAGGUUAACAUUCACGAUAUGGAUAAGGUCGGUGGCUUCAUUGGCGAGCUGUAUAUUGGGCGCGAGAACUUUGCCAAGGUCCUAGUUGAGGAAGGGCUUGCUACAGUGCACGCAUACUCGGCCCAAAAGUCCGGCAACUCCACCGAGCUGUUUGCUGCCGAGACACGUGCCAAGGAAGGUCGCAAGAACCUCUGGAAGGAUUGGGACCCAUCCCAGGAUGAGGAAAACGAAGAUGAGGCCCCCGUUGAGACCCAGGAGUCUGAGGUUUCUCUGGAGAAGCGCCCCACCGAUUACCGCGAUGUUGUCAUCACCAACAUUGAUGGUAACGGCAAACUCAAGAUUCAGGAGAUUGGCAAGGGCACAGCUGCUCUUGAGCUGCUGAUGAGCGACUUUCGCAAGUUCCAUCUCGACUCUAAGAACAACAAGGCUUUGGCUGAUGCCCCCAAGACCGGUGACUACGUCUCGGCCAAGUUCUCUCUUGACGGCCAGUGGUACCGUGCCCGUGUUCGUGCCAACGACCGCACUGCCAAGGUCGCCGAGGUUCUCUUCGUCGACUACGGUAACUCGGAGAAGGUUGCUUGGUCUAACCUCCGCCCUCUUGACCAGAGCCAGUUUGGUGCUCAGAAGCUCAAGCCCCAGGCUGUUGACGCCUCGCUAGCUUUCGUGCAGCUCCCCACGGGCGCUGACUACUUCGACGAGGCCGUCGCUUUCAUUGCUGAGCUGACCGAGGGCAAGCGUCUGGUUGGCAGCUUUGACUACGUCGACAACAAAGAGAAUAUUAGCUACAUUACUCUUUUUGACCCCAAGGCGGACGGAGGCCUCCCCGGCCCCAACGAGUCGGUCAACAACGAAAUCGUCGCUUCCGGCUUCGGCAUGGUUCCCAAGAAGCUCAAGGCGUGGGAACGCAGCAAGGCUUUCGAGCCUGUCCUGCAACACCUCCGCAAGACGGAAACUCAGGCCAAAGCCGAGCGCCAAGGCCAGUGGGAGUACGGUGACUUGACUGAGGACUAA